AUGGUGGCCAAUCAAUCAGCACGACAGCAAAAACGAUCCCGGCUCAGCGAUGCGGCCUUGGAGAAGCCUGCCCGGUCAAAUGAAGAGAGAUCCAAAAGGCGCCGGGUCUCCGCAGCCAAUGAAACCCAGAGCUUGCAAACAGUUGAGCCGGCCGAAGAUGUGAAAGAGGUCUCCAAUAGCGAUGCCCAGACGCAAGAUGUCGAGUCCAGGCAAAAAACCCCCGCGUCCUGGUCUUUCUCACGCCCUGUCGGCGGUCGUUACAACAAUUUAGAUCCAAUUUUGACGGAUGAUGAAGCAUAUCUACUGGUUGGGCUCGAUACAGCCGUUCAAGUAUUUGCAACCUCAACCUCUCGCCUGUCACGUACCUUACAAAUGGAAGCUGGCCAACAGAUUAUUGGCUUUAGCUUCUGCCCAGUGGAUCAUGAAAAUCUCUAUAUUCUUACAUCUUCGGGCUCUAUCAGCAAGUGGAAUUGGAGUUCUGGAAAACGGAUCGCACGCUGGGAGACUACCUGCACAACCAUCUCUACGUGUCUGGCCUCGAUUGGAAAAGAAGAGAAUACAACUGCUCUUUCUUUCUCUAUCACUUUGCAAAAGAAUGGAAAAAGACAGGUCUUGAUCAAUACUUUAGGGAACAAAAAGAUUCAAGCCACCACCGCACUCGAGACUAAUCAGAAGCUCAAUAGCAUCAAGGUCACCCGCGACGGUCAAGUGAUCGUCGCUAGUGACGGAAAGCAUCUUUUCAUGGGCACUACAACGAGUGCAGAGCUUGAGAACCUUGAGACUGUCCAGUACGCUUGGCGCGAGACAACCCUUCCCGUCAACGCGACUUGUUUUGAUAUCAAGGCCCACGGCUCGGGAUCAAUCGAUCUGGCAGUAGGAGAGAGUGGUGGUUCUAUUCUGAUCUACCAGAAUGUCUUGAAUACAUUUUUCGGCAAGGGUAGUAGCGACAAGAGGUCUUCGCCUAGGAAGUUGCAUUGGCACCGAGGCUCUGUCAACACUGUUCGUUGGUCCAAAGACGGAAACUAUAUCAUCUCGGGUGGUCAGGAGUCGGUCAUGGUUCUCUGGCAAUUGGAUACUGGCCGGAAGCAAUUCCUUCCCCAUCUUUCUUCCCCUAUCUGCAACAUUGUUGUCUCGGCCAGCGGCAGCUCCUAUGUCGUUAAAUUGGCCGACAACUCGGUCAUGGUCCUGUCGACGAGAGAGUUGCAGCCUUCUAGUACCAUCACAGGAUUGCAGUUAUCCCCAGACAUGGGAGGCUCGUUGGAACCUUCCAAGGCAUCUGUUGUGGCGAAGUUGCACCCGCAACAGCCAGAGCGAUUGAUCGUUGCUGUUCCAGCUUCUCACCAGCUCACUCAAAACCAGCAUGGUUCCCAGCCUGCAAAUGCGGCUGUGCUUCAGACAUAUGACAUCCGUGCCAACUCCAAUAUCUCCCGUCAAGCCCUCGCCCGAACCAAUGCGACUACACUAAGUGUCAGCCCAGAAGGCUCUCAGAUUAUUGCACCCGAUGUCAAGCACUUGGAUAUAGUGCAUGAUGCGAAGUGGCUGGCUACGGUCGAUACCUGGGCUCCACACCCUCAGGACGUGGAGCCCCUCGAUCGCUCUUCCAAUCAUAAAUCUGCUGCCGCUCUGCGUCCGGAGGUCUUCUUGAAGUUUUGGAAGUGGGAUGCUUCGUCUGAUACAUGGGAACUGGUCACGCGUGUUGAUGGUCCUCAUUUCUCUGAGAAUCACCACUCGGCCGUACUCGACCUCGUGUCUCGACCUGGUGCUCACGAGUUUGCAACUCUUGGUGCAGACUCUGUUCUCCGCUUUUGGUGUCCAACUGCAAAAUAUCGAAGUGGGUUGAAAGCCAAGGAUCAGCUGGAGCAGCCUCUGAACACGUGGAAGUGCCGUGGUAUCGUUGAUCUGAAGGGGUGUCUUGACGCUACCCAGGAUUCUCCUCUGGAUGUAGCAUGUAUGAAUUUCUCCGAGGAUGGCUCGGUACUGGCCAUCUGUCUACCAUCCACAUCGGCGGUAAAUGAUGGCCUUGUUCUGCUAAUCGAUGCACGAAACUGUUCUGUACACUACCGACGUACCGGUGUAUUCCUUGGAAAUCCAUGCUCAACGAGUUUCCUGGGAAGCCAUUUGGUCGUCGCUUCGACGCACUCGGUGGCUGUCUGGAACACGGUCGACGAUGUCGUCAAGACCAUCCAAUCGUCUGCGUCAGUGGAUUCGCCUGCCGGAAACUCACAGCUGAUUGCUGUGAACGCGAGAACCAAGUCAUUGGCAAUUGUCACGAGCUCAUCGCACAAGAAGCGACGUAAGGUUCGAUUCCAUAUCAAGAUUUACGAUGUCCCGUCCUUCGAAGUCGUGUUCGAAGAGAACCUUCAAAAUUCCCCGGUUGCGCUGCUCUCAGAUGCUUAUUCCGGUGAUUACAUCGUCGUUGAUUCUGCGGCAACGGUGCAGCGACUUGGUUGUCUGGACAAGGCAUCCCAGAAGAGCCAGAACAGUCAGUCUCGUGAUGUGACCGGCCAUAUUGACAAUGGACUGGCCACUCUCUUCAACCGCGGGCCAGAAAGGCUCGUUCAACAUGACGAUGUGGACGAAUCAUCUGCUCAAACCAAGGGGCUGGCCAGUGUUUUUGGUGAGACACCCUCUUUCUCUUUGCCUGCUAUUGGUGUUCUUUUCAGGAACGUGGUUCAAACACUCGGCGCCAACUAA